AUGCUGAGCUGGCUGCGCCGGCAGCGCCCGGCGGCCCCGGCGCCGUGCCCGGCCCCGUGCCCGGUGGCGGCGGCGCUGAAGGCGCUCUACCGGCGCAAGCUGCUGCCGGCCGAGGAGCUGUGCGGGCGCGCGGGGCUGCGCCGGCCGCCGCUGCUCGACGCCGACUUCGAGGCCAAGCCGCUGGUGCUGGUGCUGGGCCCCCGCGGCAGCGGGAAGAGCUCCCUGCUGCGGUACCUGCUGGAGGAGGCGCCGCCGGGGCCGCCGCCGGGGCCCGAGCCCGGCGCCGAGGCCUUCGUGGCCGUGGUGCACGGCCCGGCGCCGCGGCUGAUCCCCGGCAACGCCGCCGUCGUCGAUCCCCAGUGGCCCUUCCGGCAGCUGGCGGCGUUCGGGGGAGCCUUCCUCAACCGGUUCGUUUGCGCCACGCUGAACAAUCAGGUCCUGGAGAGCAUCACCCUGAUCGACACCCCCGGCAUCCUGGCGGGGGCCAAGCACCGCAUCUGCAGGGGCUACGACUUCCCGGCCGUGCUGCGCUGGUUCGCCGAGCGUGCGGCGCUGGUGCUCGUGCUCUUCGACGCUCACCGCCUGGACGUGUCGGAGGAGCUGGCGGCGGCGCUGGCGGCGCUGCGGGGCCACGAGGAGAAGCUGCGCGUGGUGCUCAACAAGGCCGACGCCGUGGGGCCGCAGCAGCUGCUGCGCGUCUACGGCGCGCUGCUCUGGAGCCUGGGCCGCGCCCUGGGCGCCCCCGAGGUGCCGCGGGUCUUCGUGGGCUCCUUCUGGGACCGGCCCCUGCUGCGCGACGAGCACCGGCGCCUGCUGGAGCUGGAGGAGCAGGAGCUGUUCCGCGACAUCCAGGAGCUGCCGCGCCGCGCCGCCACGCGCAAGCUCAACGACCUGGUGAAGCGCGCCAGGGCCGUGCAGGUGCAGGCGCUGGUGCUGCGGCGGCUGCGGCGGGAGCUGCCGGCGCUGCCGGGCGGCCGCAGGAAGCGCCUGGAGCAGCGGCUGCCGGCGCUGCUGGCCCGGAUCCAGAGCGAGCUCCAGAUCCCGCCCGCCGACCUGCCCGACCGCGCCCAGCUGCAGGAGCAGCUGCUGGCCCAGGACCUGUCGCGGCUGCCGAGGCCGAAGCGGCGGCUGCUGGCGGCGCUGGAGGAGCUGCUGGGCCGGGACCUGCCGGCGCUGAGCCCGCUGCUGGCCGAGGCGGCGCCCGCCGAGCCCGGCGGCGUGCGCGGCGGAGCCUUCGACGGCGCUGGGCCCUUCGGGGCCGCCCAGGAGGACGAGGACGACGAGGAGGACGAGGACGACGACGACGAGUGGGUGGUGAUGAAGGACAAGGCCAAGUACGACGAGAUCUUCUACGGGCUGGCGCCCAGCGGGGGCAAGCUGAGCGGGCGGCGCGCGCGGGGCUGGAUGGUGGCCAGCAACUUGCGCUCGGUGCUGGGCCGCAUCUGGCAGCUCAGCGACGUGGACAGGGACGGCAUGCUGGACCACGAGGAGUUCGCGCUGGCCGGCCACCUGAUCGGGGCCAAGCUGGAGGGCCGGGGGCUGCCGGCCGACCUGCCGCCCCGCCUGGUGCCGCCCUCCAAGAGGAGGCACAAGGGCUCGGCCGAGUGACCCCAAAAAUCCCAUUGAAAACCCCCAAAAUCCACCCAGAAAUACCCAAAAAAAUCAACCAAAAAUACCCAAAAAAAUCCACCCAGAAAUACCCAAAAAUGCACCCAGAAAUACCCAAAAAUCAGGGAUUCGCGGAUGCCGCCCCGCCUGGUGCCGCCCUCCAAGAGGAGGCACAAGGGCUCGGCCGAGUGACCCCAAAAAUCCCAUUGAAAACCCCCAAAAUCCACCCAGAAAUACCCAAAAAAAUCACCCAGAAAUACCCAAAAAUCAGGGAUUCGCAGAUGCCGCCCCGCCUGGUGCCGCCCUCCAAGAGGAGGCACAAGGGCUCGGCCGAGUGACCCCGAGAAUCCAAAAAUCCACCCCAAAAAACCCCCCAAAUCCACCAGAAAUAGCAAAAAAAUCCACCCAGAAAUACCCAAAAAUCACCCAAAAAUACCCAAAAAUCCACCCAGAAAUACCCAAAAACCAACCAGAAAUACCCAAAAAUCCACCCAGAAAUACCCAAAAAUCAGGGAUUUGUGGAUGCCGCCCCGCCUGGUGCCGCCCUCCAAGAGGAGGCACAAGGGCUUGGCCGAGAGUGACCCCGAAAAUCCUGAAAAUCCCAUUGAAACCCCCCAAAAAUCCACCCAGAUAUACCUCAAAAUUCCACCAGAGCUACCCAAAACCCACCCAGAAACACCCAAAAUCAGGGACCCCAAUAAAGGCAGAGCAGGGCUGGA